UUUAAUCAUUAAAGGAAAGGAAUGAAGCCAGCAGCACCUCAAAGUCCAGCCGGGUGGUGACUGACUAACAGAUGAGCACGGAGCCGGCAGCAAUGGGGCCUGGAGCUUCGGGAAACGCGGGCAGCACUGCGACAGCUCCACGCUCGGCGCUGGGUUCCGGAGUCAGCCUGCACGCCUACGACAUCGGGGUCCUGGUGAUGUACUUCGUCUUCGUCAUCGCCGUGGGGGUCUGGUCGUCCUACCGUGCAAGCCGAGGGACCAUUGGCGGCUAUUUCCUGGCAGGGAGGUCCAUGAGCUGGUGGCCGAUCGGAGCAUCUCUGAUGUCCAGCAAUGUGGGCAGCGGCUUGUUCAUGGGCCUGGCUGGGACAGGGGCUACUGGAGGCCUUGCUGUGGGUGGCUUCGAGUGGAACGCAACCUGGAUGCUUCUGGCCCUUGGCUGGAUCUUUGUCCCUGUGUACAUCGCAGCCGGUGUGGUCACAAUGCCUCAGUACCUGAAGAAGCGAUUCGGGGGCCAGAGGAUCCAGGUGUACAUGUCUGUCCUGUCUCUCAUCCUCUACAUCUUCACCAAGGUUUCAACUGACAUCUUCUCUGGAGCCAUCUUCAUCCAGGUGGCCCUGGGCUGGGACCUUUACCUCUCCACGGCGAUCCUGCUGGUGGUGACGGCUGUCUACACCAUUGCAGGGGGCCUCACGGCCGUGAUCUACACAGACGCUCUGCAGACGGUGAUCAUGGUGGGGGGAGCCCUGGUCCUCAUGUUUCUGGGCUUUCAGGAGGUGGGCUGGUACCCAGGCCUGGAGCAGCGGUACAGGCAGGCCAUCCCUAAUGCCACAGUCCCCAAUACCACCUGUCACCUCCCUCGGCCCGACGCCUUCCACAUGCUCCGGGACCCUGUGAGCGGGGACAUCCCUUGGCCAGGGCUCAUCUUCGGGCUCACGGUGCUGGCCAUCUGGUGCUGGUGCACGGACCAGGUCAUUGUGCAGAGGUCUCUCUCUGCCAAGAGUCUGUCCCAUGCCAAGGGAGGCUCAGUGCUGGGGGGCUACCUGAAGAUCCUGCCCAUGUUCUUCAUCAUCAUGCCUGGUAUGAUCAGUCGGGCCCUGUACCCAGAUGAGGUGGGCUGCGUGGACCCCGAUGUCUGCCAAAGAGUCUGCGGGGCCCGAGUGGGAUGUUCCAACAUCGCCUACCCCAAGCUGGUCAUGGGUCUCAUGCCCGUUGGUCUGCGGGGCCUGAUGGUUGCUGUGAUCAUGGCCGCCCUCAUGAGCUCACUCACCUCCAUCUUCAACAGCAGCAGCACCCUGUUCGCCGUUGACGUGUGGCAGCGCUUCCGCAGGAAGGCAACAGAGCAGGAGCUGAUGGUGGUGGGCAGAGUGUUUGUGGUGCUCCUGGUUGUCAUCAGCAUCCUCUGGAUCCCUCUCAUCCAAAGCUCCAACAGCGGGCAGCUCUUCGACUACAUCCAGUCUGUCACCAGCUACCUGGCCCCGCCCAUCACUGCUCUCUUCCUGCUGGCCAUCUUCUGCAAGAGGGUCACAGAGCCCGGAGCCUUCUGGGGCCUCAUGUUUGGCCUAGCAGUGGGCCUUGUGCGCAUGAUCCUGGAGUUCUCUUACCCAGCCCCAGCCUGUGGGGAUGUGGACCGGAGACCAGCUGUGCUGAAGGACUUCCACUACCUCUACUUUGCACUCCUCCUCUGUGGGCUCACUGCCAUCGUCAUUGUCACUGUCAGCCUCUGUACCACCCCCAUCCCUGAGGAAAAGCUCGCCCGCCUGACGUGGUGGACACGGAACUGCCCUGGCUCUGAGCUGGAGAAGGAGGCCCAUGAGGGCACACCAGGGAUAUCGGAGCUGCCAUCCCCCGAUGGGGAGUGCCCUGCAGGAGGCGGAGGGGCAGAGGACUCCAGCCAGGACUGCGAGCAGCCUGGAGCCCCACACAGGUCCUGGGGAAAGCUGCUCUGGGGCUGGUUCUGUGGGCUCUCCGGGGCCCCGGUGCAAGCCGUGAGCCCAGCGGAGACGGCCGUGCUGGAGCAGAAGCUGACCAGCAUCGAGGAGGAGCCACUCUGGAGAAGCAUCUGCAACGUCAAUGCCAUCCUCCUGCUGGCCAUCAAUGUCUUCCUCUGGGGCUACUUUGCCUGACUCUGCAGACCUGGCUUCAGCUGAGACAGAUUAAACACAGGCCGAGCCCAGCCAGACACAGAGACAGGCUUUCCUCCCACCUUGCUGUGCAAACUGGAGACCACAGAGGCUGAAAGCUGCAAGAGCCCCUGAGGAACAUCUAAUCCAGCCUCCACACUGGACACUUGGAGAAAUGGAG